AUAUAAGUUAACGUUAGAAAAAGGAGGAUGGAAAAUGUCCAAAACCCAACAACUAGUGUCUCUUCUCAACUCUUGUUCUUCACUAAAACACCUCUUCCAAAUUCAUACUCAAAUCAUAAUCUCUGGAUUAUCUCAACAAAACACUAUCAUCCUCAAAAUUGUCAACUUUUUAUCUUCUCAUACACCCAUAAACUCAUCUUCUUAUGCCAGUCUUGUUAUCAAACAAUCCCACAAUUCAUCUAAUUUAUGGUGGAAUAUACUCAUUAGAAACUAUGCUACAAGCAACAACUAUGAAGAAGCCAUUCGUGUUUAUAUUGAAAUGCGGCGAUUCGGAGUUGGUUCUGAUGAAUUCACGUACCCUUUUCUUUUCAAGGCUUGUUCGUCGUUAUUGGGUUUAAAAGAAGGGAAACAGAUUCACGGUGAUGCAAUCAAGAUUGGUGUUUAUAACAACGUGUAUGUUCAGAAUACUUUGAUUCAUUUCUAUGGAUGUUGUAAGAGAAUUGUCGAUUCAUAUAAGGUGUUUGAUGAAAUGUCGGAGAGAACUGUUGUUUCUUGGAAUUCAAUAAUUUCGGCUUGUGUUGAUUGUUGUUGCUAUUAUGAUGCGGUUGAGGUUUUUCGUGUGAUGAGGAGAUGUGGGGUUCAACCGGAUGAGACGACGAUGGUGGUUUUGCUUUCUGUUUGUGCUGAGUUGGGUGAUUUGAGUUUAGGGAAAUGGAUUCAUUGUCAAGUGAUUGAGCAAGGGAUGUUUAUGAAUUGUCAGUUAGGAACUUCAUUUGUUGACAUGUAUGCUAAAUGUGGAGCAGUGGAUUAUGCUCGUUUGAUCUUCGAUAAGAUCGGUGAAAGAAAUGUGUGGACAUGGAGUGCGAUGAUUCUUGGAUUAGCUCAACAUGGAUUUGCUACACAAGCCUUGGAACUCUUUUGGAAAAUGAAGGAUUGUUCUCAUGUGAAGCCUAAUAAUGUGUCAUUUCUUGGUGUGCUUUGUGCUUGUAGCCAUGUUGGAAUGGCGGAAGAAGGGCGUCGAUUGUUUCAAGAGAUGGAAAGUGUCUACACGAUCAAGCCUAUGAUGGCACAUUAUGGUGCCAUGGUAGAUAUCUUGAGUCGUGCUGGUCGUCUUGAAGAAGCGUACAAAUUCAUCGUUGAGAUGCCCAUUGAGGCUGAUGCAGUUAUAUGGAGGACAUUGCUCAGUGCGUGCCAUAUUCAUGAUAUUAGCGACUAUACUGGACUGGGAGAGAAGGUCAGAAGGUGGUUGCUUGGAUUGGAGCCUAAAAGGAGUGGGACUUUGGUCAUGGUAGCAAACAAGUAUGCUGAAAUUGGAUUAUGGGAAAAGGCAGCAAAACUGAGAAGAGGUAUGAAAGACAGACAACUUAAGAAGUUGGCUGGAGAAAGCUGUGUAUCAGUUUUUUAGAAUCCAUAGAGAUUGUUAUCAAGUUGCUAAGUAGUAAGAAGUUUUCUUAUUCCUGAACAGACAAUGUUCACACCACAUUAACAGUGGUUAAACUUUAAGGAGAACUUACUACAUGCCUAUAAAUAAAUAAAGAAACAGCCUGUUUGCUGCAAGAAAAAAUUAAAUCCCAAAACAAUUCAAGAUAGUCAUGAGGACUUUCAGUUCAUCAAGUAGGGAGCUUAUUCAAUAAAUAUAAAAAAAAUCCAACUUAUC